AUGGGGGACCAACCCCUUCAAGACCCCAUCGCCGUCGUUGGCUUUGCCUGCAGGCUCCCGGACGAGUGUGAUACACCACAAAACUUUUGGAAGUUCCUCGAGCGCGGCGGCGUUGCUAAGAACGAACCCCCUCCAUCCCGCUACGACAUCAAGACACACUAUGAUGGCACUCGCAAGGAGAAGACCAUGGCCUCCCCUGGCGGCAUGUACCUGCAAAACGUCGACGUCCGCGACCUGGACGCGCAAUUCUUCAAGCUGUCCCGCCUGGAAGCCAUCUCCAUGGACCCUCAGCAGCGACAGCUCCUCGAGGUUGUCUAUGAGGGACUCGAGAACUCGGGUAUCACCCUGAAGCAGCUUGACAACCGGCCCAUAGGCUGUUUCGUUGGAUCCUUUGCCUGUGACUACGGAGACAUGCAGGCGCGGGAUCCCAUGGACCGGGCACCCGCCACGGUAGUUGGUAUCGGCCGAGCUAUGCUGAGCAACCGUAUCAGCCAUUUCUUGAACAUCAAAGGCCCAAGUAUGACCAUCGAUACGGCCUGUUCCGGCAGCUUGACAGGGCUUGACGUGGCCUGUCGCUAUCUCCAAUCUGGCGAGAUAGAGGGAGCCAUCAUUGGUGGUGCCAACCUCUAUAUGAGCCCCGAGCACGUUAUGGAUUGGCACAUGGGCUCCGGCGGCACAGCCUCGCAUUCCGGCAAGUGCCACACGUUCGACGCCAAGGCCGACGGCUACAUCAAGGCCGAAGCGAUCAACAUGGUGUAUAUCAAGCGCCUGUCGGAUGCCGUCCGCGACGGCGACCCCAUCCGCGCCAUCAUCCGCGGCAGCGCCGUGAACAGCGACGGCUGGACCGCGGGCAUUGCCAGUCCCAAUUCGGAGGCGCAGGCUGCUGCCAUCCGACGUGCGUAUGAAAGCGCAGGCAUCAAGGACCUGUCGCUCACCGGCUACGUCGAGUGCCACGGGACUGGAACAAGAGCCGGUGACGUGAUCGAGGUGAAGGGUGUCUCGUCGGUGUUCCGCGAGUUCCAACCCAAAGACAGGAAGCUGCGCAUUGGAUCUGUCAAAAGCAACAUCGGCCACUCAGAGCCUGCCGCCGGGAUAUCAGGUCUCCUCAAGGCCAUUCUCGCCCUGGAACAUGGCGUUAUUCCUGGCAACCCGACAUUCAUCGAUCCAAACCCCAAUCUAGACUUUGAAGAGCUGCGCGUACUCCCAUCGCGUACGGCCAUUCCGUGGCCCGCCGACAGGAUGAAACGGGCCAGCGUCAAUUCGUUUGGCUACGGAGGUUCCAACGCCCAUGUCAUCCUCGACGCCGCAGGAGGUUUAAGCAACCAUGUGUCGUCGUACGAAGCCGGGUCGGAGGGCUUCGACAUGUUCGACGACGAGGACGAGGUAGUUGAAAGGCCCUAUCUUGUGGCGCUUUCUGCCAACGACGCGCCGUCUCUGCAGGGGCAGCUUGCCCGGCUGGAUAAGCACCUUUCAGACCCUACCGUGCGCGUGAAGAUGAGGGACCUGGCAUACACGUUGGCCGAGAGGCGAAGCCGUCAUUUCCACCGCGGCUUUGUAGCUCCGUCGUCAAAAGCCGACCUCGGAUCCGCGGUGCUCACCAAGGGGACGACGCGGGAAACGCCUCCCUCUCUUGGAUUCGUCUUCACCGGACAGGGUGCACAGUGGUCCGCUAUGGGCAAGCAGCUCCUUGAGACAUACCCGGUAGCCGCAGACACAGUACGGCAUCUGGACCAAACUCUCCAGAAGCUUCCCAGCGCUCCGUCUUGGACCUUAUGGGACACUCUGACCCAACAAUUGACGGGGGAUGAGCUGAAGUCUCCUGAGCUAUCGCAACCGGUUGUGACGGCGCUCCAGCUCGCGCUCCUCAGCGUCCUCUCCGAUGCUGGAGUGUCGCCGACAUCCGUAGUCGGGCACUCCUCGGGAGAGAUCGCGGCAGCCACAGCCGCAGGCUACCUCACCCCCGAGCAGGCCAUCAAGAUUGCCUACCUUCGAGGGCGAGCCACCACAAAAGUCCGUCCCGCCGCCCCUCUGGGCAUGCUGGCUGUGGGCCUCAGCGCCGAGGGCACUAAACGCUACCUCGCCGGCACCGAGGCCGAGAUUGCUUGCAUCAACAGCCCCGAGAGCGUCACCGUUUCCGGCUACAGUGCAGAGCUUGCCGCGAUCGAGGCCGCUAUCAAGGCUGACGGAAAGUUUGCACGGCUGCUGCAGGUGAAGGCGGCGUACCAUUCCCGGCAUAUGCUCGAGGUGGGCAACCUUUACAGGCAACUACUCGUCGACCAGGUCGAGUGGGACGACGACGCGCUCCUGCCCGGCGUCAACAUGGUCUCCUCCACGACGGGCGACAAGGUUGACGCCAAGCUCGGACCGGACUACUGGGUGCGAAACAUGGUGUCUCCCGUCCUCUUCGACCAGGCCGCCGGCCAACUGAUCGCGGCCGACGACGCCGUAGACAUGCUGAUUGAGAUUGGCCCAAGCGGUGCCCUUGCUGGCCCCAUCGGCCAGAUCAAGAAGCUUCACAAGUCCACGGCCGAGUACCACGCCGCGUGGAAGCGUGGCGAGGAGUCCCUCCAAGCACUUCUGGGCAUGGCUGGCUCGCUCUUCAUCGCCGGACACCCGAUCGACAUCACCAAGAUGAACCAGGACUCGGAGACACAGGCGCCCUCGUUCGUGGUGGACCUGCCCAACUACAGCUGGAACCACUCGGUGCAGUACUGGGCCGAGAACGAGGCCAGCGCAGACUGGAGGUUCCGCGAGUUCGUGCACCACGACCUGCUUGGCACCAAAGUUCUGGGCACGUCGUGGCAGUCGCCGACAUGGAAGAAGAUAGUCAAUGUGCAAGAGGAACCGUGGCUGGCAGACCACAUGAUCGGCGAGAGCGUCAUCUUCCCGGCCUCGGGCUAUAUUGACAUGGCCAUCGAGGCAAUCUUCCAGCGGACCAAGGCCCUAGGCCGCAUCUCCCCAGAUUCCAGCGUCAAUGACCAGACCUACCAACUCCGCGACGUGCGGUUCGACCGCGCCCUCGGUCUUGACAACAAGGACCAGGACGUCAAGAUGUUCCUGAGCCUGACGGAGCGGAAGAGCACGGCAUGGCACGAGUUCAAGAUCUGGUCCAUCGGCCCGGACCGGGAGUCAGACCAGGAGCACUGCCGGGGCCUGAUCAGCAUCGUGGCCUUCGCGCCCGAGGUGGCCGGCGAGGACAAGCUCGCGCCGCUGCAGCACAGCACGCCCGCGGGCACGUGGUACAAGGCGAUGCGCGAGGUGGGCUACAGCUUCGGCCCCAGCUUCCAGAAGCAGCUGGCGGUCGAGGCGGUGGCCGGGCGGCGCAGCAACCGCGCCCUCGUGUCCCUGGACCCCCCGGCGUCGGGCCACCGCCAGUCCGACUACCCGCUGCACCCGGCGAGCCUCGACUCGUGCUUCCAGGCCGGCUCCGCCUCGCUGCACCGGGGCCACCGCGCGGGCGUCUCGCAGCUGCUGCUGCCCGCCGUCGUCGACGAGCUCACCAUCCCGGCGCAGGCGUCCGCCCCCGUCAAGGGGAUGGCCGUCGCGAGCGCACAGUAUAUCGGCAAGGGCCGCAAGGCGGACGCGAAGAGGUACAAGUCCCACGUGGACGUGUACGACGUCGACAACGGGCGCCUUGUGUUCCGCCUCAAGGGCUUGCACUACCACGCCCUCGACUCUGCUCCCGAGACGCAGCUGCAGCACACUUUACCCGGCUGGUGUGGAAUCCUGAUGUCACCUGCGGGUCGGUUGAUCGACCUCGUUGCGCACAAACAAGGUUAUGUCCGGCUGUUGGAGAAGGCACACGGCAACAGCUCAUCGAGUCUGUGGCUCGACAGUAUCAAGGCCCUUGCCUCGGAGACAUCCCAGAUCGGGUCCGAGUACUGCCUGUCUCUUGCUACACAGGACGGCGGACUUGAGGCACGAGCCAAAUACGGCGCUGCGGGAGGCGUCAAGUUUGUAGUACACGAUGACCCGAAGACAGCUGAAGAGGCUGGUGGUCCGUUCGAUGUCGCCAUCAUACAGGUACCGGCUUCGCACAGCACCCAAGAUGUGCAACUUUUGUUGCAAGGUGAUGAUAUCGGCGAUGCCGGCCUUGUGGUCAUCAUCUCCUCUGAGGAAACCGGGCCCAUCGCUAAUGGCCAGUCCAACGGACACACCAACGGCCACGCCAACGGCCACGCCAACGGCCAGAAUGGGCACCAGAAUGGAUACCAGAAUGGCAAGAAUGGACAUCAUUUGGCGCCUAAAAUUGCCGGAUUCGAGAGCGUAAUUCCCCUUUCCACUGGCCCGAGCGGGACUGCAUCUCCUCAUCUCGCCUUCGUGGGAAGGAAGCCGCACGCAUCAGCAGCUCUAUCAGACGGCCGGGCUGCACAUGUUGUUCAUUUUGAGAAGCCCAGUGCGGAGAAGAAGUCAUUGAUCAUGAGGCUCUCGGACUUUGGUCUUUCGGUCACGCAGCAUACGGAGCUGCCGGCCGAGGUGCCUGACGGCAGCACCGUGGUGGUUCUCGACGAGGUCUUCACGCCCGUCAUCCCACGCGUCCGCGACGAGCAGCUUGCCAUGCUGCAGGAGCUGUUCAGGCGCAAGUGCCGCCUGCUCUGGGUCACGUCUGGCGGGCACAUGGCCGUCACCAACCCCGAGCACAGUCUCUUCGUCGGGAUCCUGCGCUCCCUCCUCGCCGAGGAUCCGACCUGCCUCGUCAUGACGGUCGAUAUCGAGUCUUCCACCAGCGAUUCCAGCGCGCAGGCCAUCCUGCAGACCAUGCGCCACCUCGAGGCCGUCAACGACGUCGAGUUUGUCGACCGCGAGUGGGUCGAGCGCAGCGGCGUGCCCUACGUCAGCCGCGUCGUGCCCAACUCGGUCAUCAACAAGGCCGAGGAGGCCGACAAGUCGGCGGCGGAGCCGGUCGUCAAGCACCUCUUCCGCAACGGGCCCGUCACCCGGCUCGUCAACACGCGCGUCGGCACCCUGGACGGCCUCGUCUUCGCCGAGGUCGACGACCCGGUCGGCCCGCGGGACGUCGAGGUGGAGAUCCACGCGGCCGCGCUCAACUUCAAGGAUCUGGCCCACAUCAUGGGCUUUCUGCCCAGCAACGAGGACCGGCUGGGUCUGGAGUGCGCUGGUAUCGUCUCGGCGGUUGGUGCUGAGGCCAGCGCUCAGUUCAAGCGGGGCGACAGGGUUGUUCUCAUCCGCAGAGAUGGUGGGUGCUUUGCCAACCGCGUCCGUAGCCGGCUCGAGGACGUGAGCAAGAUCCCGGACUCGUGGGGCUUCGAGGAGGCCGCAGGAGUUGGAGUCUGCUUCAUGACGGCCGUCUACGGGCUGAUCGACCUGGCCAACAUCAGAGAUGGCCAGACGGUUCUCAUUCACUCGGCAGCAGGUGGUGUCGGACUGGCAUGCCUGCAGAUCUGUGCCCAACACUCCGUUGAGGUCUACGUAACCGUCGGUACCGAGGAGAAACGCAGGUUCAUCCGCGAGGAGUUUGGCAUCCCCGAUGACCACAUCUUCACCUCUCGCUCUAUCGCUUUCGCUCAACAGCUCAUGGAUGCCACCAAGGGCCGCGGCGUCGAUAUAAUCAUGAACUCGCUGGCUGGGGAUAUGCUUCACGAGUCUUGGCGCUGCAUUGCCAACAACGGUACCUUUAUCGAAAUUGGCAAAAAGGAUAUCCUGGAGCGCAACACGCUGUCCAUGGAACCCUUUGACAGGAACGCGUCGUACCGUGCCUUCGAUCUGUCCACCCUGUGCAAGGACCGCGCCAUUGCUCACAGACUUACCGACUACAUCUUCACCAAGGGCCAGGAAGGUGUUAUCAAGCCCAUUCAUAUCUGCAAGACGUUUGAAUGGGGCAACAUAGUCGAUGCCCUCCGUUACAUGCGCGACGGAAAGCACAUUGGAAAGAUCAUCAUUUCCAGUCCUUCCCGCAACGCUGUCAAGGUCCCCAUCCGACCCAUGGUCACAAAGACAUGCCUCAAGCCGGAUGCGCCAUACCUCAUCGUGGGAGGCUUCAAGGGACUCUGUGCUUCUCUUGCCAUCUACAUGGCCCGCGAGGGUGCGAGACACCUCGUCAUCAUGGCCCGGAGCGGAUACGCCGACGAUCUGUCACAGGCGACCAUUAUGCAUCUGUCGGCGCUUGGAUGCAGGGUUGACCUCGUCCAGGGAGACGUUACAGUCAUGGCAGAUGUUGAGAGGGCUGUAACGGCCGCCGGGAAACCCCUCGCAGGCGUCAUCAUGGGAGCCAUGGUGCUAAAGGAUGGUAUGUUCGAUACGAUAACGGGCGACAACUUCCGCGCCCCCAUCGACCCCAAGGUCAAGGGGGCGUGGAACCUCCACAACGCAUUGCUGGCACAAGACACGCCGCUCGACUUCUUCACCCUGCUCUCCAGCAUCAGCGGCGUGGGCGGCCAGCGCGCCCAGACCAACUACAGCGCAGCCAACGCCUUCCUCGACGCCUUCGCCCACUGGCGCCACGCACAGGGCCUCCCCGUGUGCUCCGUCGACCUCGGCAUCAUCGAGGACGUCGGCUACUUCACCGACCGCGACGCCAUGGCGGCACGCCUGCGGAUGCAAGGCUGGACCCCGAUCAACGAGGCCCUGCUGCACCGCAUCCUGCGGCUGUCCCUGCUGCAGCAGACCGCCGGCCCCGUGGACCGCGACACCGUCGCCAACCUCAUCACGGGCAUCCCCAACCCGCUGGGGCCCAACAGCCCGCAGAAGCCCGUCCACCGCUUCAGCGCCCUGCGGCCCCGGACCGACGCGGGCGGCGCGGCAGCCGGCGACGGCGACCUCGCCAUCCUCCGGGCCGCGGCGAACAACGAGCAAGGGUCCGACGGCGACGGCGGCGUCGACAAGGCCACGCUCCUCGCGGCGGCCGUGUCGGCCGUCAACGGCGUGCUGACCAUGAGCCUGGGGCUGAGCGAGCCGCUGGAGCCGACGCGGCCGCUCAAGACGUACGGCAUCGACUCGCUCGUCGCCGUCGAGCUGCGCAACUGGGUCCGCACCGAGCUGGGCAUCGAGCUGAGCGCGCUGGAGAUCGUGGGCGCCGUCACGCUGGUGGCGCUGUGCGAGGUGAUUUUGAAGAAAUUGCUGCGGUAG